AUGCCGUUUGGAAUAGACAACACAGAUUUCACGGUCCUGGCGGGACUAGUGGUAGCCGUGCUACUGUACUUAAAGAGAAACUCUAUCAAGGAACUGUUGAUGUCCGAUGACGGCGACAUCACAGCCGUCAGCUCGGGAAACAGAGAUAUUGCUCAGGUGGUGACCGAGAACAACAAGAACUAUCUGGUGUUGUAUGCGUCGCAAACUGGGACAGCCGAGGAUUACGCGAAAAAGUUUUCCAAGGAGCUGGUGGCCAAGUUCAACCUAAACGUGAUGUGCGCAGAUGUCGAGAACUAUGACUUCGAGUCGCUAAACGAUGUGCCCGUCAUUGUCUCCAUCUUCAUCUCCACCUAUGGUGAAGGUGACUUCCCCGACGGGGCUGUUCACUUUGAAGACUUUAUUUGUAAUGCAGAAGAGGGUGCGCUAUCGAAUCUGAGGUACAACAUGUUUGGCCUGGGAAACUCUACUUACGAAUUCUUCAAUGGUGCCGCCAAGAAGGCCGAGAAGCAUCUCUCCGCUGCGGGCGCUAACAGAUUAGGCAAGCUCGGUGAAGCAGAUGAUGGUGCAGGAACCACGGACGAAGACUACAUGGCCUGGAAGGACUCUAUCCUGGAUCUUUUGAAGGACGAACUACACUUGGACGAACAAGAAGCCAAGUUCACCUCCCAAUUUGAAUACUCUGUUCUGGACGACAUAAAUGAUUCCGUGUCGCUUGGUGAGCCUUCUUUGCACUAUUUGCCCUCACAUGAGUUGAACCGCAAUGCGGACGGCAUUCAAUUGGGCCCCUUCGACUUGUCUCAACCGUUUAUUGCUCCCAUUGUUAAAUCCCGUGAACUGUUCUCUUCAAAUGACCGUAACUGCAUCCACUCUGAAUUUGACUUGUCUGGUUCUAACAUCAAAUACUCCACUGGUGACCAUCUUGCUAUUUGGCCCUCCAAUCCGUUGGAAAAGGUCGAGCAGUUUUUAUCCGUGUUCGAUUUAAAGCCUGAAACUGUUUUUGAUCUGAAGCCCUUGGACCCAACUGUUAAGGUGCCCUUCCCAACGCCAACUACUGUUGGUGCUGCUAUUAAGCACUAUUUGGAAAUCACAGGACCUGUAUCGAGACAACUGUUUUCGUCUUUGAUUCAGUUCGCCCCUAACAGUGACACUAAGGAAAAAUUAACCUUGCUAUCCAAGGACAAGGACCAGUUCGCCGUCGAGAUAACUUCCAAAUAUUUCAACAUUGCAGACGCCUUGCAUUAUGUAUCUGGUGGCGUCAAAUGGAAUACCGUCUCCAUGCAAUUCUUAGUCGAAUCCAUUCCUCAGAUGACUCCUCGUUACUACUCCAUCUCUUCCUCUUCUCUGUCUGAAAAGCAAACUGUUCAUGUUACUUCCAUUGUGGAAAACUUUCCUAACCCAGAGUUGCCCGAUGCAGCUCCAGUUGUUGGUGUUACCACAAACUUAUUAAGAAACAUCCAGUUGGCUCAAAACAACGUCAACAUCGCCGAAACUAAUCUACCUGUCCACUACGAUUUGAAUGGUCCACGUAAUCUUUUCGCCAAUCACAAAUUGCCCGUUCACGUUCGUCGUUCCAAUUUCAGAUUGCCUUCCAACCCUUCUACUCCAGUUAUCAUGAUCGGCCCAGGUACGGGUGUCGCCCCAUUCCGUGGGUUUAUCAGAGAACGUGUUACGUUCCUGGAUUUACAAAAGAAGGGUGGUAACAACAUCUCACUAGGUAAGCAUCUUUUGUUUUAUGGGUCUCGUAACACCGAUGACUUCCUAUACCAGGAGGAAUGGCCAGAAUACGCUAAGAAAUUAGAUGGUUCGUUUGAAAUGGUUGUGGCUCAUUCUAGGUUACCAAACACUAAGAAGGUUUAUGUUCAAGAUAAAUUAAAGGAUUACGAAGACCAGGUAUUUGAAAUGAUCAACAACGGUGCGUUCAUCUACGUCUGUGGUGAUGCAAAGGGUAUGGCCAAGGGUGUGUCAACUGCAUUGGUUGGCAUCUUAUCUCGUGGUAAAUCUAUUUCCACUGACGACGCAACCGAACUUAUCAAGAUGCUCAAGACUUCUGGUAGAUAUCAAGAGGAUGUUUGGUAG